UCCAUCAUGUUUGUGUAUACUGGUAUCUAAUAAUGUGAACUUGAUGUAGGUUUUUAUUAUAUUACUGGUCGACUGAAGGAGAUCAUUAUCACUAAAGGUGGUGAGAAUGUGGCCCCAGUACCUAUUGAACAGAAUAUGAAAGAAAAAAUUCGUAUUAUCAGCAAUGUAAUGAUAGUUGGCGAUGAAAGACAUUACUUGACAAUGCUAGUGACAAUACGCUGUGUGCUGCUUGAUGGACGCCAACCAACUGAUGACAUGGACUCCAUUGCUAAGCAAGUAGCUUAUGAAAUAGGAUCUAGUGCUACUACUGUGUCAGAAGCUAUGAAUGAUGAUGUUAUUAAACGUUAUAUACAGCAAGGAAUGGAACAGGCUAAUGAGCAGGCUAUUAGCCGGGCAGCAAAAGUUCAGAAGUUUGCUAUACUUCCUCUUGACUUUAGUGUCGAUGGUGGAGAGCUGACUCCUACUUUUAAGCUAAAGAGGAAAUUUGUUACUGAAAAAUAUAGAGACAUCAUUGAUCAGUUAUAUUCAGAGUAAUUGCAUGCGCUCAAAUUAUUAUUUGUUGGUAAUUAUUUGUCAUCACUGUCAUCGAGUUUAAUCAUGUAAAGUUUAAUAAUUAUUUAUGAUUAUAA